CCGCCAUUGCAAUGUUUGUUGCAGGCAGAUUGAUUGUUGGGGAUCGUAAAGACGCCGUGCUGGUGGUUCUCGGUGGACGGAGGCGGAGGUGGUGGCAGAGCAGCUCUUGCUUUCGCCGCCUUUGCUUACCGCACCUGAGGAGCAUCUGCACUGUAUCGCAUUUCCUUUUGGAAAAGCGAGGCGUCGGUUGAGGACAUUAUCGCCAUUUCUCAAAUCGUUUGGCAAUUUCCUGUUGAUUGCAUUACAAUUUACAAGCUCACAGGCUGCGAAAAGAGAUACGUACGCUACCUACAUAUUUGUGUAUGUACUAUUAUGCUUUGUGUUAAGGAGACAUCGUAACGUGGAAGGAGAAGGCUUCGUCUCGCUUUGGAUCGGCCGUCUUUUAACAUUAGUUAAAUAGUGGUUGUGUGAAGAGAAUGCCACUUAAAGCCAUUUGGAGGGGAUAUGGAAAUGGCAGAGAGAGCAAGGGGUCAAGGCAAACAGAAUGGAAGUGGAAGGUAGGACGUGGGAGGUCAGAUGUGGCCCCUGAAAGGUUACCUCUGCUCCUACCUGAAUUGGAUGAAGAAAGCCCCUGGGAAGAUUUGCCUUCUGAUUUGCUUUUUGACAUUAUCAAAAGAGUUGAGGCAAGUGAUACCUCAUGGCCUUCCCGCAGAGAUGUGGUCAGUUGUGCUGCUGUUUGCAGAGCUUGGCGAGAAACCACAAAGCAGAUUGUCAGGACACCCGAGCAAUGUGGAUUGCUCACUUUCCCCAAGUCCCUGAAGCAGCCUGGGCCAAGAGAUUCACCAAUUCAUUGCUACAUUAAAAGAGACAGGGCUACAUCAACAUUCAAAUUGUACCUUGGCCUGGUUCCUGGUGGUGAUCAUAAGUUGUUAUUGACAGCAUAUAAAAUCAGAAGGAUUAUGUGCACUGAAUUCUUGAUAUCGUUGUCUUCGAAUGACUUUUCUCCAUACAGUGAUACUUGUGUUGGGAAAUUAAGGUCUAAUUUCCUUGGCGCAAAGUUUGCACUUUAUGACUUUCAGUCUCCACUGAACUCGGGUAUCAAAUCCAAUGAUUGGUUACAUAAAAGAUUUAUGGGGAUGAAGGUGCCAGUAAAGGCACCAGCUGGCAAUAAUAAUGUGGCAGCCAUAUCUUAUGAUGUAAAUGUUCUCCAUAAUGAUGGGCCGAGAAAAAUGCAAUGCACUUUGCACUCAAUUCCGUCUUCUGCACUAGAAGUGGGAUCUGCAACUAAACCAGAAGGUUUUGGCAAAUGUAAUGACUAUAGAUCCUGCUCUUCACCUCAUUCGGCGGGAAGGAAUCAAGAAUUCUCUUCUAAUUGUACCACUGAGCCAACGGAAUUCAUUCACACGUGUUCAGAUCCAUUGACUUUAAGGAAUAUAUCUCCUAAAUGGCAUGAGCAAUUGCAAUGCUGGUGCUUGAAUUUCAAAGGACGAGCCACAGUGGCUUCUGUCAAGAACUUUCAGCUUGUGGCUGCUGUUGGGGAAUCUCAAAAUAUGCCACUUGCAGAACCAGAAAAAGUCAUCCUACAAUUUGGGAAGAUAGGAAAGGACAUUUUUACCAUGGAUUACUGCUAUCCUCUUUCUGCCUUCCAAGCAUUUGCAAUCUGUUUAAGUAGCUUUGGCACAAAACUAGCAUGUGACUAGCCUUAAUCCUAUUUCUAUUAAUGUUCAUAACUUCUGUUGUCUUCCCCAAAGACUCCAAGAGUGAGUUGUGUACAUCAUUUUGUUUUUUUAAUAAUUAUAUAAAUAUUAGGGAAGUUUUUGUUUGGGCAGACUCUAUUUUACAUUAUGGUAGGAAUCAGAAUUGUCUGAUCACUGACCAGUAUAUAGUCUGUAACUGACUGUAAAAGUUGUUAUUUGAUGUACUCAUCAGAAGUUUUUAUCUCUUCAAAUCAGUAAAAUUUCAGUCUGCA